GCUGAUCGGCAUGGAGAACACCGCUGACAAGAAGGAGGACUACAAGACUUUCUACAUGAAGUCCAAGUACCGACAGGACACUUACCAGGUGAUGAAGCACAUGAAGAUCUCCGCCUCUUUAGACAAGGGGACUCCUAACAUGGAGAAGUGGAACACCCGGGUGAAGAAGGAGAUGAACGACUGGUUGGCCUUGUACCGACGGCAGAAUCUAUCCGUCGGAAG